AUGGAUCCCCUCAGCAUCGCCAGCGGCGUCGCAGGCCUACUCACAGUCUCCGCAGCCGUGAUCAAAACAUUCGACACCGUCAAAACCAGCAUAAAAGACUGUCCCCGAACAGUCUUCUGGGCACACGCUGAAACAAAGGAGAUCAACUGGGCGAUCAAGCGCCUCAAGAGCUUAAUCGACGAUCCAGAUUCGGUGCCAAAGGCGGCGAAGAUGUCGGUUGGCCUUCAUGAUGCGACUGUCACGAUCAGUGAAUUGAUCAAAACGUGUGAUCACCUCAUCUCCACGCUGAAGCCGCUGGAUAAAGAUGGGAAGGUCGUUUUGACAAGGUGGGAUCGGGUCAAGUGGUUGAGAGUGCAGGAUGAUGUUGUCAAGUAUAUUCGGCAGAUUCAGGCGCACAAAGGGUCUGUCACUCUCAUCUUGAACAUUCUGCAAUGCGAGUCAGACGUGGUUAUCGUGGAGUCACAGCGCGCUCUGGAACUCAAGAUUGAUGCCGUCCUCAGUAGCAGCGAAGCAACUCAGAAGCGGAUUGAAGGUCUCGAAGCACUCUUUAACAAGUUCAUCGCCGACAAUUCUACUCUCAUCCCUUCAAAUAGGUCAUCCAUGGCUCCGACAUUGCACUUGAAAGAAGAUGAUACCACAGAAACCGAUUCAGUAGCGACAUCACGGAAGUACGAUCAAGAUGAAUGGGGUGACUUUCACGCAAGUGCAGAGCAAUCACUCAGCUUCCCGACAUCGAGUGUUCCAGAAUUAGGAAUGCCGAAACUCAAGCGCUCAACUUCAGCGGAAACCUCGACAAAGAGUGAGAGUAACGGCACGACUUCACCACCACGUCGAGAGUUUGAAGCAGCGCUUCAGGAGACAGGCGUCUACAAGCGCGUGUACAACUCAACAGACGCUUUCUCAAUACACUCUGCCCACGGUCGUUCCAUCACAGGAUCGGUCAUGACAAGUUUCAGUCUCGCCGACGACUCAUCCAUCCUAUCAGCUUUUCCAAUCAUGAGCAGGACGGAACUCCAACACCCCGAGUUCUACACCCAAUUGAGUGGCAAUCAACGCAUAUCCCGAGAUCUCAUGAGAGCCAUCACGACGAGAAGCGUUGUCAAGUCUCCAGUGGAACCUCUUCCAGGAGCGCCAUUCUCCCUGAAGCAGUUUAGAUCGCCUCCGAAUUGUGGUGAGAAUGUGAUGGGGAGGUGGCAUCAAUCCCGGACCAAAGCCUGGCGACCCAAAGAGUUUCGAACGGAGAUUCAAUUCGAAGUCCCCGUUAUCUUUGUUACUACUUCAAAGACUGUGAACGGACCUAUCGACGGAGCGGAUGUGUUUUUCCUUGAUGGCACGAGAAAGAGUCUUGAUGAUACGUGGACUGAUCUUGAGCCACCAUCUACCGGUACAUUGACCAAGACAGGGCGCUUCGUUAAGAAUGAGCGCGCAACUUGGCUUGCGCUACUAUCGAGCUUGCAAAAGAUGGAGAACGAAUCGCAGAAUUGGACUAGACAACAGAUCAUGGGCUUGAGGCCUCGACCAGCCAGUGCAACAGCGAUACUCACAUCCAUCGCGGGCAAGCACACCCUCAACGUCGCCCUGCAACGCGAGAAGAAAAGCUGGGAUGACAUGCCUCCUUCGAUUAACCGUCCCUACGCUACAACCACCAUGAGCAGCUUGAUAGAAAUGCUCGCUAUGCUUGGUAUAUACUGGAAAGACUUCAACACCUUCCACAACAUUUAUCAAGCUGAAGGCAAUGGGUUCCUUGUGAAAGGUCACAGGAUUAGUGGUUUGGGGAUCAUGUUUCACUUUCAAGCGCUGGAGAAGGCUGUGUUUGAGGGGAAUAGAACGAUUCCGACGGAAGCGGUGAGGAGACUUGCUUUUGGACAGCUUCCCACGAUAUUUAAUGAGGGACAUCCUGAGUAUAAGGGUAGUAAUUCACUGUAUGAGUGGCCAUUUGUUGGGUUGGGGAGUCGGAUGGAGAUCGCGGAGACAUUGUCUUCGUUUGGAUGUGGACGCAAGGCGGUUAAUUAUUUCUUGAGGGAUGGAGCUGUGACAUCUCACAUAUUUCCAGUCACUUUUGAACUGAUAGGCAUGAUCGGACAAGUCUUUCACAUCAAAGAUCUCUGCUUCAGAUAUAUCCCCAACCCAUGCUACUGCGUCUGGAGCACGAGAGCUUUCUCACUCCCCAAGCUACUCGCUGCGUAUCAACGAUAUCUUCACGACGACCCCGAUAUGGUGAACGGAGAACUAUCACUUCAUGUGAGCACCAUUUUUGCGACGAAGACAGGCAUUCGACCUGGAGAUGAUACCCCUCAGAGCUACACUUGGCAAGCACAGGAUGCACUGCACUCUGUUCUUGACGGACUUGACGACUCACUCAAAGACUACACUCUACCGAAGCAUGCAAGUCAGCGAGCAUACCUUGGACAAGAAAUUGUCAGCGCGCACUUUGAAGAACUUCUUUCACAGCUCAACAAUACCUCUUUAACAUCAUCAUUCCCACGCUUUGAUGGCAGCAACAAAGAAGACACCCUGAUGAAGGCAUACUUUCAUCAAAUUCUUCCCGCCGUGUUGAGAUCAGCAUCGAUGACGUUCUUUAAUCUCAAGAACGCAGAUUCCGAGUUUCAGGUCGUCAAGGGGGAAGCGGCCCAGACGGCUGAGUAUGCAGCGUAUCUUCGUGCUGCGAAGGAAGUCUGGUGGAUGAGGUCCAAUUGGAUGAUCAUGGAGUAA